CAUAAGUGUUUAAAUGGCAUCCACAAGGCGCCGCCGCCUUGUUCCGUGCUUUUUGGGAAUACUCCUGAAUGCUUUAAUCGGUGUGAUGAGCGAAGCGGAGCUGUCCUUCACACUGGAGCCCAGUGACAUCAUCGCUGUACAGGAACAGCCCCUCAUGCUCCACUGCCAGGUGGACGGAAUUCCCCCAAUUACGACACAGUGGAGACACAACGGCAUGCUUUUAACUCAGGAUCAGCAUCACACCACCUUCAUCAAUGGCUCCCUCCUCAUUGGUCACUUCCAGAAGACCAAAUCUGAUGGCUCAUCUGACGAGGGCGACUACGAGUGCAUGGCCCAGAAUUAUUUUGGGCUGGUGGUGAGCCGCAAGGCCCGUAUUCAGGCAGCAACCAUGGCAGACUUCCAUGUCCAACCCGAGUCGGUGCAUGCUGAGGAGUCUGGUGUGGCUAGAUUCCAGUGCCAGAUCCAUGGUCUGCCAGAGCCUGUCAUCAGCUGGGAGAAAGACAGCCGCGCUGUGGACACCAAGGACGAGAGGUACACUCUUCUGCCUACAGGUGUUCUGCAGAUUACAGGAGUGCGUGAGGAGGACAGUGGAAAGUUCUGCUGUGUGGCCCACAACAGCGCAGGAGUGAAACACAGCACUGAGGCACUCCUCACUGUUUCAGGCUCCCAGUCAUCUGUUUACAAAGAGCCUAUGAUCCUGGUCGGUCCAGAAAACCUCACCCUCACUAUUCACCAGACCGCCAUCUUGGAGUGUGUUGCUACCGGAUACCCUCGGCCCAUCGUGUCUUGGAGCAGACUAGACGGCCGCCCCAUCGGUGUGGAGGGAAUCCAGGUACUCGGCACGGGGAACCUGAUGAUCUCAGAUGUUCGUGUGCAGCAUUCAGGGGUCUAUGUGUGCGCUGCUAACAAACCAGGGACCCGUGUUCGUAGGACUGCUCAGGGACGUCUGGUGGUCCAAGCUCCAGCAGAGUUUGUUCAACCGCCGCAGUCUAUCGCUCGGCCCGUCGGCACCACCGCCGUCUUCACCUGCCAAGCACAAGGCGAGCCUGAGCCCCAGCUCACCUGGCUGAAGAAUGGGCAGAUUCUGGAGCCCAGGGGACACGUCAAACUCAAGAAAAACAACAGCACGCUGACCAUAUAUGGUAUAAGCCAGGAUGAUGAGGCUAUCUACCAGUGUAUCGCUGAGAACAGCGCCGGCUCCACACAGGCCAGUGCCCGCCUCACGGUGCUCUGGGCUGAUGGACUGCCUGGUGUGCCCACCCAUGUACAUGCCGAGGCCCUCUCACCCACCACCAUCCUGGUGUCCUGGAGGGAGCCCGAUCAGAACACUCAGGACAUAAUCGGUUAUGUGCUCCACAUCCGCAAGACCUCAGACUCACCGGAGAAGGAAUAUCAGGAGGCCGUCAGCAAGGUGACGCUGCAGCAGAUCAUCAGGGACCUGGAGCCCUCCACCAGUUACACCUUCUACGUCAAGGCCUACACAUCCCACGGGGCCAGCAAACCAUCGGACAGUACCACCGAGAGCACUUGUGGGGAGGUUCCAGCGCCUCCUUCCCUCUACACCAAGGUGGUGAACAGCAGUGUUAUACAAGCAACGUGGGAGCCUUCCUCUAAGAUGGGCCAACAUCAAGGCUUCAGACUAUAUUACAGAAGAGCCCACACACCACUCUUCACUGGUCCCAUUAUGUUCCCUCGCAACUACACCCAGUACAUCAUCACUCAGCUGGAUCCUGCACUGGUUUAUGAGAUAAAGCUGCUUGCAUACAACCAACACGGAGAUGGCAAUUCCACCGUGCGAAUUGUUUCACUUCGGGAGGCAGUGGAGAAAUCUGUGUUGGACGGUCCAUGCGACUGUGUGAAAGAUGACCAGAGCAAAACAUCCACUACAGGCAUCAUAAUCGGCAUUCACAUCGGAGUCACCUGCAUCAUCUUCUGUGUGCUCUUCCUUGUCUUCAGCUACCGCGGCAGGUUAAUGAUGUGUAAGACAGUUCAGGCCACCCCCCAGGCACGGCAUAGCGCAGUGCUGGAAUCCUCUUCCUCUUCCCAGGGGGCCUCUGGGCUUAACGGGGCUGCCAGGAGAGAGAUGGAGGUCAAUGGCAGCGCAGCAGGGAAGAAAGUGGUUGACAGCAACGAGCUCGAGAGACUAUUCACCCAACCCAACACAUGCAUGUCCAACUCCUACGUGCUGAACAACACCCAGCUGUCUACAAUACCGCUGGAUGAGUUUGCGGUGGAGCUAGAAACACAGUUCCAGGAGCCUCCUGCAGCAGGACCGAGUCGGCAGGACCAAGGCUAAUCAUGUAUGAAGGCCAUUUCACACGACACUGUCCACAGUGUCCACUUAGACUCUUCUCUCACUCAGGUUGACAAGUGUUUCCUUUCGAAGUAGUUUGUUUUUUUGUGCAAAUAUAUUUUUUU